AUGAAGUUCUCACUCGCUCUCCUGUCCACGGUGCUGGGCACCGCCGCCGCCCAGGCCGUGACCUCCAAGAUCGCCCCGAGCGGCGCCGCGCCCUCAGGAUGCGCCACCAGCUACACCGGCUCGUUCGAGGUCACCGUCGAGGCCGUCAAGUCCGCCAACAAGGCCAAGCGCUUCAUUGAGUCCCGCGACACCUGCGGCGCAGACGGCAUCCUGGUCAUGACCCUCAACGGCGGGGUCCUGACCGACGCCAAGGGCCGCACCGGCUACAUCGCGUCCAACUACCAGUUCCAGUUCGACGGCCCCGUCCAGGCGGGCGCGCUCUACACGGCCGGCUUCUCGCUGUGCGGUAACAACUCGCUGGCGCUGGGCUCCUCGGCCGUCUUCUACCAGUGCAAGUCGGGCGACUUCUGGAACCUGUACGACCGCUGGUGGGCCGAGCAGUGCGAGCAGGUGCAGAUCAUCGCCAUGCCCUGCGGCUCCGGCAGUGGCGGUUCGGGCAGCGGCAACCAGGGCGGCGACGGCCAGGUCGUCGCCACGGCCAUGGUCACGACCACCGUCGUCAAGCCCCUCGGCGACGGCCAGCCGCAGGUGCUGACCACCGCGAUGCCCGUGCCCAUGUGCCAGAUCGGCGACGGCCAGGUCCAGGCCCACACCACCCCCUGCGCCCAGGUGCCCGCCAAGCCCGCCGUCACCAGCGCCGUCCCCGUCAGCCAGAUCCACGACGGCCAGAUCCAGAUCCCGCCCAGCGCGCCCGCCGUCACCCAGAUCGGCGACGGCCAGGUGCAGGUCCCGCCCGCCAGCGCGCCGCCCGCCACGACCGCCGCGCCCCCUGCGCCUGCGCCCCCGGCGCCCGCGCCCAGCAAGAACGCCAGCCAGAGCACGCUGGCUACGGUGCCCGCUGCGCCCACGCAGCCGGCCGCCGGCACGACCAGCCCGGCCUCGGUGCCCACUGCCGGUGUCGCCCGCGUCGAGCUGGGCUCUGCUGCUGCCGUGGCCCUCGGCAUCGUCGGUGCGAUGAUGCUCGAGCGACAUCGUGUUUCUUCUACAGCCGCAUUCCGACAGAACUACACCCGUGAUAUACUUGCGUGUGGCCGACACGUCCUUCCUUCCUGCUACCCUCAACAAAACCCUUACCCUUCCCAGGCGGGCGUGUGUGCGCGCGCACACAAUCCACCACACUUUCCCGACAGCCACUUCCCUCCCUCUCGCCAGAAGAGCCAGCCCUUCCCGCCCACCAUGGCCGAGUACUGGAAGUCCACACCCAAGUACUGGUGCAAGCACUGCUCCAUCUACGUGCGCGACACCAAGCUCGAGCGCGCCAACCACGAGGCCACGGGCAAGCACCAGGGCGCCGUCAAGCGCGCCCUGCGCGACCUGCACCGCGGCCACGAGCAGGCCGAGCGCGAGAAGGAGCGCGCCAAGCGCGAGAUCGACCGCCUCAACGGCGUCUACGCACCCCGCCCCGGCGGCCCGUCUUCUUCUUCUUCGUCGUCGGCAGCACCCAAGGCAUCGCGGCAGGAGCAGCUGGAGCAGCUGGCGAGCUUGGGUGUCAACAUCCCCGAGGAGAUGCGCAGCGACCUGGCGCUGGCGGGCGAGUGGAAGGUCACGGCCACGAGGGUCGUGCCCGACGAGGCCGAGAGGGACGAAGCUGACAAGGCGGUGGCGGCGGCGAGCGGCGUGAGGAAGAGGGAGCUGGAGAAGACGGAAGAAGAACAGGAGCACGAGGAGGCGAUGAAGGGCCUGUUCAAGAAGCAGAGGCGGUGGGGCAGGGAUUCGCGGACGGCGCCGGGCGAGGGCGAGGGCGACGACGAGCUGGAUGUGCUGCUGAGCGGGGGGUUGCUGGGUGUCAAGAAGGAGGCGAAGAAGGAAGAUUUCGAGGUUAAGAAGGAAGAUGGGGAGCCACAAGGAGGCUCGGGAGCGGCACCUGAGAUCAAACGAGAGUCUGUCGAUGAGGAGGAGGCACCUUCUGCUGAAGGAUCGAAGCCAGUGGCAGAAACUUCACACACGCCGGAUGUCAAGGCAGAGGAAGGACAGGCUACGGAUGCUCCGGCGGUGGUGUUCAAGAAGAGGAAGCCAAAGAACGUGAGGCAGAGAUGA